AUGGCCAGCCCGAAAGCCGCAGGACUCUCCUGGGAGAUCACUUGGCUUGCUAUUGCUGUCUAUGCUCAUCUGCAGACAAGAGCAGAGCAAUCCCAAGGUGCAUACUUCUUGCCUGAGUUUGCACUUUCUCCACAGGGGAGUUUUCUUGAGGAUACCACGGGGGAGCAAUUCCUCACUUACCGUUACGAUGACCAGACUUCCAGAAUUACCCGCUCUGAUGAAGAUAAGGAAGGCUCCUGGGAUGCCUGGGGGGCCUGGAGUGAUUGCUCACGGACCUGUGGGGGGGGAGCCUCUUACUCGCUGAGGAGAUGUUUAAAUGGCAGGAACUGUGAAGGUCGGAAUAUUCGAUAUAAAACCUGCAGUAGUAACGACUGCCCUUCAGAUGUUGGUGACUUUAGAGCACAACAGUGUUCAGCCUACAAUGAUGUCAAAUACCAGGGACAUUUUUAUGAGUGGAUCCCUGUGUAUAAUGAUCCUACUGCACCGUGUGCCCUGAAAUGUCAAGCUCUGGGAAAGAACUUGAUUGUGGAGCUUGCCCCAAAAGUACUAGAUGGUACUCGUUGCAAUAUCGAAUCCUUGGAUAUGUGCAUCAGUGGAAUAUGCCAGGCAGUGGGCUGUGAUCGACAACUUGGGAGCAAUGCCAAGGAAGACAACUGUGGAGUCUGUGCAGGAGAUGGUUCAACAUGCAGGCUUGUGAGGGGACAAGCUAAGGCACAUGUCUCACCAGAAAAAAGGGAAGAAACUGUGAUUGCUGUACCACAUGGGAGUCGCAGUGUGAGAAUUACCCUAAAAGGACCAGCACACCUUGUUAUAGAGUCAAAGACACUACAAGGAGACAAGGGAGAGCAUAGUUUCAAUGCUCCUGGAACAUUUGUCAUAGAAAAUACAACUGUUGAAUUUCAGAAGAGUACAGACAGGGAAAUCAUAAAGAUCCAGGGACCUCUUGGAGCAGAUUUCAUUAUCAAGACCAGGUACUCUGGAUCAAAAGAGAGUGUGGUUCAGUUCUUUUUCUAUCAACCCAUCAGUCAUCAGUGGAGACAAACAGAGUUCUUCCCCUGCACAGUUACGUGUGGAGGAGGUUAUCAGCUUAAUUCAGCUGAAUGUGUGGAUAUUCGUCUGAAGCGUGUUGUUCCUGACCACUAUUGUCAUUACUAUCCAGAAAAUAAGAAACCAAAGCCCAAGCUAAAAGAAUGCAACAUGGAUCCCUGCCCUUCUAGUGAUGGAUUUAAAGAAAUCAUGCCCUAUGAUCACUUCCAGCCACUUCCUCGGUGGGAACAUAACCCUUGGACUGCAUGUUCUGUUUCCUGUGGAGGUGGUAUUCAGAGGAGAAGUUUUGUGUGUGUAGAGGAGACCAUUCAUGGAGAGAUACUGCAAGUGGAAGAAUGGAAAUGCAUGUAUGCCCCUAAACCCAAAGUCAUUCAAACCUGCAAUCUGUUUGAUUGUCCUAAAUGGGUGGCAAUGGAAUGGUCUCAAUGCACAGUGACCUGUGGCCGAGGCUUGCGUUACCGAGUAGUGCUGUGUAUCGACCACCGUGGGCAGCAUGUCGGUGGCUGUAAUCCACAACUUAAACUACACAUAAAAGAAGAGUGCAUCGUGCCAAUACCAUGUUACAAGCCAAAAGAAAAAAGUCCCGUGGAAGCAAAAUUGCCAUGGUUUAAACAGGCACAUGAAAUAGAAGAGACCAGAACAGUCUCAGAAGAGCCAACGUUUAUUCCUGAACCCUGGUCUCCAUGCAGUGCCACGUGCGGUAAUGGCAUACAGGUGCGAGACGUGAAGUGCCGGAUUCUUCUCGCAUUUACUCAGACUGAAGUUGAACUGCCUGAGGAGGAAUGUGAAGAUGUGAAGCCAGCGACAGAACGAGUCUGUCACCAGGCAUCCUGUGACAGUGAUCCUGUCCCCUACACGCCAGAAUUUUCACAUGCUGAAGAUGGCAAUGUGAUUUACGACUGGGAAUACAUUGGUUUUACUUCUUGUUCAGCCACAUGUCUUGGAGGAACACAAGAAGCCAUUGCAAUGUGUCUACAUGUAGAGACAAAGCAAGCUGCCAAUGAAACACUGUGUGACAAUUCCAAGAGACCACCACCAAUGACUCGUACUUGCAAUAUGAAGCUAUGCCCUCCAAGGUGGCAAAGCGGCCCCUGGAGACGCUGCUCGGCUACGUGCGGGGUUGGGAUACAGACAAGGGAUGUGUACUGCCAGCAGCCGGGAGGAUCUGCUGUUGCUGCUGAAGACUGCAAAGACAAAAAGCCGCAUUCUUUACAAGCUUGUAACCAGAUUGAUUGUCCCCCUGUUUGGCAUGUUGAGGAAUGGCAACAGUGUUCACGUACUUGUGGAGGAGGGAUUCAGACCCGCAAAGUGUACUGUAAGCAGCUGUUGACAGAUGGAAGUUUCCUGAAACACUCUGAUGACACCUGCCAGGAACCUAAAUUGCCAACUAGUAAACCGUGUGCAAAAGUCGAUUGUCCUCCUCAGCUAGUUGUAGGAGAAUGGUCCAAGUGCUCAGUAAGCUGCGGAGUUGGAAUCCAGAGAAGGAAACUUGCCUGCCAAAAUCUAACAGCAAAGGGCCAAUAUGUCACAUUAAAUGGAUCAAUGUGUAGUGGUCUGUCUCCUUCACUGCUUGUAAGGUCUUGUCAGAUGAAUGCCUGCAACAAGAUUAAACCAAAGCUUCCAGAAAAGUAUUCUGCUCAUGGACCUCAGAUUGUCAGUAUUCACCGAGUCUAUAUUCAAACAAGACAAGAGAAGCGCAUUAAUUUUACCAUAGGAAGCCGAGCCUACUUACUUCCAAAAACUUCUGUUGUAAUUAAGUGCCCUGUACGAAGGUUCCAGAAGUCACUUAUCCGGUGGGAGAAAGAUGGACAACACUUACAAAACUCUAAAAGACUUGGCAUCACUAAGUCAGGUUCGCUGAAAAUACAUAGUCUUGAAGCUACUGAUAUUGGUGUGUACCGUUGUGUUGCAGGCUCUGUGCAUGAAACAUUUGUACUCAAACUCAUUGGUACUGACAACAGAUUGAUAGAACCACCAAAUCUUAGGAAACAUGCCAGUGAGACCAGUAACACGGAUCACAACGAGGCCAAUAGCUUUGGGGCCAAAUGGCAUAAAAUGAGCAAAAUGUGGCAGAUGUGGAGUAAGAAGAAUGAGCUCUAUCUGGGUGACAGGCAAGUAAAUGAUCAGCCAUCCCUGAGAAAUCUUGAAACCUUUGGGAGUAACUCAGCAGAAGACUUCAGCUCUUGUGAGUUCAAGAAUAAACGCCUGGAGGCAGCAAUUCUCCAAGGCGCCUACAGCAUGGACACUGCGCAGUUUGAAGAACUGAUCAGGAACAUGAGUCAGCUCAUUGAAACUGGAGAAGUCAAUGAUGACUUGGCAUCCCAGGUCAUUUAUCAAUUAGUUGCUGAAUUAUCUAGGCCCCCACAACCAACUACUGAAAAAUGGAAGGGGGCUCAGAAUGAGAAACUUGCUGCAAAACUCACAGGCAAAUCACCUAAUGAAUCUGAACGUUUCAGCAUGAAAACUGUUGAUAAGUUAAUGUUUGACCAGAAGGUUCCAGUUAUUAUGAGGCAAAAGGAAAUCCCUCGAGUUUCCUUCAACAAAACAGUAACUGUACGAAUUGGAAAUACGGUUUUUCUGACCAAGAAUACUCAUGCUGUCAAUCUGCUAUGUGAAACAGCUGGUAUUAGUGAAGUAAAAUAUACUUGGACAAAAGAUGGCGAGACAUUAAAAGCCUCUGAGAAGGUGAUCCUGGACACCAUUGGAAAAGUGCAGAUUCAGAAUCCUACUCAAAAGGAACUUGGUACAUAUGGAUGCCUGGUGGUUAAUGACUUCGGUUUAGAUAUGGAAACAUCAUUGCUAUUGCGUGCAGAGAUUCCUGUCAUCUUGUCCUCUGAGUUAAAUGUUACAAAUGUGGAAGCCAGCAGUCUCUCAGCUGUUGUUGGAGGUACGAUCGUGGCAAGAAUUGGAGCAAAUGUCAUGGUUGAAUGUCCAGUGAAAGGUGUUCCCCAACCAAAUGUAACAUGGUUUAAGAAGAAAGACAUUCUGCAAACCAGUUCUUUCUUGGUUUUGAACGGCUCUCUAUUUCUGAGGAAUGUUUCCUAUGAAGAUGCAGGAACAUACGCUUGCAGAGCAGCUAACGCUCGUGAGGCUGAGUCUGUUCUCCACUUAACUGAACAAAGAUACACAGAGAAUAACACUCUAUUAUCAAAGGGAAGCAGAAGAAAGCGUGUCCUAAUGGCAUCUGGAAUUGGUACAAAUGUCAGUGUAGUACCUGGAGAUCCACUAAGAAUAGGAUGCCCGGUGCUGCCCAGCUACAGAAAUUCAGUUCGCUGGCUUUUUGGAGAUAGUCCAAUUGAGGAAGUUAAGACCUUGGAAUACAGAACCCUGGUUGGGGGUCAUAUCCUAGAGGUGAACACCAACUCUGGUCAAUUUGCUGGACAAUUCCAAUGCUGGACUUCAGCUAGUGCAAAACCAAUGUCAGUUUGGGUAAAUGUCAAGAAGGAAGAUUAUAAAUGGGAAUAUGCCGAGUGGAGUACUUGCUCUGCUAGCUGUGGGAAUUCAGGAACCCGCUCCAGAAGACUACAGUGCAUGAAUGCAGAGAAACAGAAAGUAAAUGAAUCAUUAUGCAGAGAGCUGCAAAAGCCAGUGAUUAUUUACCAGUCAUGCAACACAGCUGACUGCCCUGCCAGGUGGGUAACCAGUCCCUGGUCUGAGUGCUCUGCAUCUUGUGGCAAUGGAUUUCGCUAUCGACAAAUAACUUGCCAACAAGUAAAAGCCAAUGGCAGUGUGCUGCUGCUGCUGCCAGAUGCUUGUAGACACAGAGAUCGUCCUGUGGGGAGGAAACCCUGUGUGGGUCACUUGUGUACAGUGGGGACAAGAGCGACAAAAGGACAGUGUUCUGGUCGCUGUGUAGGCCACCCUGUACAUUUACAGCAUCGUCACUUUAUAUGUCAGCUUCGUAAUGGAUCUUCGGUGCCAAAUUCCUCUUGUGAUGAAAGAAAGAGAUCUCCUGUCAGAAGGAACUGUUCUUCGGAGGCAUGUGAUGUCUAUUGGCGGACAGGCCCUUGGAGGCCUUGCAGUGUGGACUGUGGGAGUGGAUUUCGGUCAAGACGAGUGUACUGUGUACACAGAAAGAAUAACAAGCCUGUGGCUGAGCAGUACUGUGGAUGGAGGAAGAGACCAGUGACCUGGCAACACUGCAAUGUCACGUCCUGUGGCAAAAGUGAAUGCAAGGACAUAACUCACUACUGUACAUUUGUAAAGCAACUAAAGUUGUGCUUGAUAGACACCUACAAACAAAGAUGUUGUCAAUCAUGUCAAGAAAUGUAA